AUGACUAUACUGACCAGUAGGUGAAAAGUUGCUGGAAACAUCGAUUCGGAUUCGAAAAAUAAACAAUUUAUCCAGAGAAGAGAAGCAAGAUGAUGUCAAGAACCCUUCUGCUAAGUGCACUCGUCUGCAUGAUUUACUGGAGCGAUUUUGCAGUUGCGUCGCCAAAGUGCCCACAGCCAAAGUUAAGAAAAUGGCACCGGGUCACCAAUGCUAUGAUCAAAUCUACUUACAAUCUCGGCGUAAGAAUGACGCACAAUGAUGUUGGAGGAAAACUAGUGAUUACUGGUAAUGUCUACAGCAAUGGAUGUGGAGGCGGGGCUGGCUCAAUAGCAGUAACAUACAUUCGAGGCGACUGGGUCCAGAUCAGAUACACUCAAGAGUUCCGUGGGAGUGCUUCAUGUUGGAAGAUAUUUGGGACCACUGCCUAUCCAAAAUAUAGUUCGAAUAUUGCUUUUCAUCCCAAUCCUUUACAACAAAAGCCAGUUGUGGCAUUGCAAGACUAUUCUGAAGCAGAUGGAGAUGGAAUAUUCAAUGAAUUGCACAUGAACUCAUUGACCAACAACAAGUUUGAUGGUCGAGUGUAUCGCUGUGAUAAUAACAGAGACAAUUUCUGGCACACAAAUAACGGUGAUGGACUGAGGCGAGCCACGGUAAUGUUGCGCAGGAGAUCACUGACAGAGAAUGCUGGGAUAGUAACAGAGACCUCGUGUGGUACUCCAAGCUACGUCAUCAAAGACGUAUACGUGUUGAUGUAAUGUCACAUGAAACAAGAUCACUGACCGAGGAAGCUGGGAUAGUAAUAGAGACCUGGUGUAGUACUGCAAGCUACAUCAUCAAGACAUAUACGAGUUAUUGUAAUUAUCAUCUAUUGUUAUUGUUAUUAUUAACAUUUUCAAAGAAGAGCGUAAAGAGCGUGAUGGUGUGUAAUUUUCCAAACGUUCGCUGAAUGAGGGUCUGUGUGUACCUAAUUAGAAUAGAAUAGAAUAGGAUAGGAUAGAAUGGGAUAGGGUAUUGUAUAAACAUUUGAACAUUUUUCUCAUUUGCCUUAAAUCAAUUUUAUAAAGGUUUUCUCAUCAUAUAAUGCAUAAUUUAACCAUUUGAAUAUGAAAAUAUUUGCUAUUAAAGAUUAACUAUUUUUUUAUUGGA